AUGGCCGAGGUGGGCGGCUUCCUGGGCGCGCUGGACCCCGACCUGCACGGCUUCCCCCCCGCGCUGGGCGGGCUGCCCCUCGCCGACUCGCCCGGCUUCCUCAACGAGCGCCUGGGGCAGAUCGAGGGGCGGCUGCAGCGGGGCUCCCCCACCGACUUCGCGCACCUCAAAGGCAUCCUGCGGCGGCGGCAGCUCUACUGCCGCACCGGCUUCCACCUGGAGAUCUUCCCCAACGGCACGGUGCACGGCACCCGGCAGGACCACAGCCGCUUCGGGAUUUUGGAGUUCAUCAGCCUGGCGGUGGGGCUGGUUAGUAUCCGUGGAGUGGAUUCAGGACUCUACCUCGGCAUGAACGAGAGAGGCGAGCUGUAUGGGUCGAAGAAGCUCACAAGGGAAUGUGUUUUCCGAGAGCAGUUUGAAGAGAACUGGUACAACACGUACGCCUCCACGCUCUACAAGCACGCGGACUCGGAGAGGCAUUACUACGUGGCUCUGAACAAGGACGGCUCCCCCCGCGAGGGGUACAGGACUAAGAGACAUCAGAAAUUCACUCACUUUUUACCAAGGCCCGUGGACCCUGCUAAAAUACCUGCAAUGUACAGAGACCUCUUCCACUACAGGUGAUGUUUCCUGCAGCUGCCCUAUCGAUGUACAUACUUGGGCUCCCAAGCUUUUUCCCAGAGCACUAUAUUAAUAGUCAUUCCAUCAUUCCUGUAAAUGUAGAUGACAUAGGAAAGCACUUACGUUGAAUCCAGACACUGCUGUUCCUCCUUGUUUCACAUGUAUAUCAAACCUGGGUUA